GUUUCUUUUUCACUCUCUUUCCCACCACUCAAACACUCUUCUUCUUUAUUCCUCUUUUUUCAUCCCCUUUAAAAUCCAACCCAGAAUAACUUCUUUUUCAAACGCGCUUCUCUCUAACUUAAACAAUGAAGAACCCAUCCUCCAGGAACUCCGAUUCCUCCAUUAACUAUGACUCGCCUCACUCUCCUCUCCGAUUUCGAUCCUCUCCACUAUCCGACGGCGGCGACCCUUUCCACUCCACCGAAAACUCGCCGGAAACUGAUCACCGAGAUAACUCCAGAGCCAUCGUUAUCAUAGAGCCUUCAGUACAAUACUCUCAAGUUGCAAUCCCCUUACCGGAUUCCGAGCACCGGAAUCCGCCGGCGAAUGACCAACCGACGGUGAUGGUUAGUAGAGCCAUGAGGAAUGAUCCUCCUCCUACCGCAACGAAUCUCGGCCCCGCAGUCGCCGGAGGAGUCCGUGAAAGCGGCGGUGGCAGAGGUAGAAUAAGGACGACGACGCCGGCACCCCCGCCGGCGUGGUCGAAGAGUGAGGUGAUGACGGGGAAGGUGGCGUUAGGGUUCCGAUUGAGCGAGGUUGUUCUAUGUCUGAUUUCAUUUUCGGUUAUGGCUGCGGAUAAAACUCAAGGUUGGAGCGGUGACUCCUUUGAUCGCUACAAGGAAUAUAGGUAUUGUUUGUCUAUGGCAGUUAUAGCUUUUGUAUAUGCGGCGUUUCAAGCUUGUGAACUUGCCUAUCAACUUGUUAAGGGAAAACAUAUAAUCAAUCAUCACCUGCGUUUUCACUUUGAUUUCUUCAUGGAUCAGGUUCUGGCAUAUCUUCUGAUAUCAUCAGCAUCAUCAGCAGCGACAAGGGUUGAUGACUGGCAAUCAAAUUGGGGAAAAGAUGAAUUCACAGAGAUGGCUAGUGCGUCUGUUGCAAUGGCAUUUCUUGCUUUUAUUGCCUUUGCUAUUAGCUCACUUAUCUCCGGUUACAACCUUUGUACUCACUACCCCUAGUAGCAAAUAUUUUGACCUUACACUAUUUAAUAGUAUCUGUUUAUACUUGAUCUCUCUCUCUCUCUCUCUCUCUCUCUCUCUCUCUCUCUCUAUUUUCUUACUUUCUUACUUUCUUAAUGCUAUGAAGAAAUGCAUUCAAAAUAACAUUGAGCCCCCUGAAUUUUUAACUGUAUAGACACACUUUAGUACACAAUACACUUGCAAGAUGUUGGAAGGAUAUUGAAGAUAGAGAAUUUUGGUUUA